CCGCAGGGAUGGCGCGCGUCUGGGCCGAUCACCUCCACUUCUCACAGCCUCACUCGCCGAUCCUGAGGCAGGGCGAUGGGCCCUACCCUUUGUGCUGGCCGCGCUCGGUUUCGCGUUUACAGCUGCCCCGCCCGAUACAUGACGACAGUUCACUGCUGCGUGCAGAGGACUGGCGGCAGGCGGGCAAACCGACGGAGGACCGCCUGCACGUCUGACUGGGCCGCUGCAGAGGCUACUCUGCCCCUCUGCCGUUGCAAGGCCUUCCGAUGCACGGCGUGCGCCAGUGCUCUCUCCUGCGACGCGCUCUGGUGGACCACAGGGCCAUGGCACAGAAAAAGCCACUCAGACCACGAGUCUCUCUCUCGCACGCGCGCUCACGCCGCUUCCAUGUGGACGCUGCGGUACAUAUUGCCGCCCGUUGUCGCAGCCAUGGUUGUCCAACAACUCACGUGGCGCCGUGCAAGGGUCUCCUUUUUCCCUUGUUCUUCUCGAAAUCUCGUGGAACCCGCGAACCGCACGAAUUUCCAGAUGCGUCUUUGGUCGAAGAGACUGCCGCCAAUCGAAACAGGCGGCGUUUGGAUUCGGCGUGGUGAACGCGAUCAGAGAUGAGGAGGCGCGUCAUCCGAUCCAGCGGCGAUCCGGCACCUGCACAUCCCCCCUUCGCAGCCGAAAUUGCAGGCCACCAAACGCUUCUUCGAGAAGGUUUCAUUUCCUUCGAGAACAUCUGUGGUCUUGCGGCGCGCCAAUUUGCAGCUGACUGACUCUGCUGCCACGUCGGCCACCCUCAGACUGCGCCAGUUGAAGCACGGCGAGACGGCGAGCAGCCCGGCGUCGCAAAUGCUUAUUUUUGUUCUGGUUUUGAGUUCACGCCAGCAGUCGAUCAAAAAAACGGCUGUUAUUCUGCUUCUGGCCAAAUGCACCGCUGCACCUUCUCCC